AUGCCUACAGUCAUGGAGCUGGAGGAAAUCUUACGUCAAAACAGGGUUCCGCUCAGCCGCAUCGACGAGGUCUGGCCUAAUCUAUACAUAGGAGAUAUGACAAUAGCUCAUGACAGAUUUCGUCUUUGGAAGUUGGGUAUCACUCAUGUGUUAAAUGCAGCACACAAACAGGUUGCGUCCAGUGGAUGCCAAGAUUUCUAUGGUCCCAGUGUGGAUUAUUAUGGUAUUGCAGCUCAUGACGUACCAACGUUUGACAUUGCUGCCCAUUUCUAUUCUGCAAGUGACUAUAUACAUAAGGCACUCGAUAUAUUGGGAGGGAAGAUCUUUGUACACUGUGCUUUCGGAUACAGCAGGUCAGUCUCCUUAGUACUGGCCUACCUCAUGAUUUAUCAUCACCUUUCUCUGCUCGAUGCAGUGAAGACAGUGGCUUCUCAUCGACGGAUAUUUCCCAAUCGAGGGUUUUUAAAGCAGUUACGAAACUUUGACAUAAAAUUACAACAGGAAAGGAUUGUUUGA